AUGGCAAUCAAGGCGCAAAGUGUUCGUGUCGGAGCCAUCGGCGGAGGCGCGGCUGGCAUCAUCACGGCCAAGUGUCUGCGAGACGUGGGGCACGAGGUGGUUGUGUUCGAGAAGUAUGGAAAUGUGGGCGAUGUGUGUAAAUACGACGAGGCUGCGGAUGCUCAGUCGUCGGUGCUGUACAAGUCACUGCACACGAACCUGCCGACAGCCACCAUGCAACUCAAGGAGUUAUCGUUCCAGAAGGGAGUGCCCAGUUUUCCAUCACACGUGGACGUACUGACCUACUUGCAGAACUACUCGAAGCAAUACGAGGUGGACAAGUUUGUGCGUCUUAACUCGGCAGUGACAAGUCUGUCGAAGGUCUCCAGUCAAUGGAAGAUUGGCGUGUCGUCAAAGGAGAAGGAGGACUACGAGGAAGGCUUCGACCGCGUCGUGGUCUGUAGCGGGCACUUUUCUGAGCCUUCACUCGCAUCGAUUAAAGGCACUGAGCACUACGGAGGCACUGUGUCACAUUCACGAUCAUACCGCACACCCCGUGCUGUAGAAAUUGGCCGUGGACCAUCAGGUCAAGAUAUUUCUCUGGAACUUGCCCGAAACCCGCGUGUACUGAAGCCUGCGAUUGAUCGUAUCGCUGAAGAUGGUUCCGUGGUGCUCACGGAUGGAUCGACCAUUGCGUCACCUGACGAGAUCCUGCACUGCACCGGAUAUCUGUACACGGUCAUAGACCUUUUCCCGUCUGACCUGUUAUUCCCCAAUGCCUUCGUUCAGCCAAAUGGCUUGAACGAUCAGAUCGCUGCGAACCUGCUGCAAUGCACGACAAACGGAACUGCUGUGGCCCCCAUCUACAAACAAUUGUUUGCUAUUGAAGAUCCCACGGCUGCGUUCGUCGGACUUCCUUUCAGCAACCUGCCGUUCCUCUGCUUCCAGCUCCAAGCUCGUUGGAUAGCACGUGUGUUUAGUGGAUCUGCAGUCCUUCCUUCAAAGGAGGACAUGUACGCGGAUUUCUUCGCUUAUCUUGGCACUCUUAAGGAUGGAGUGAGAAAGCUGCAUCAACUGGGAGCUCGGCAGAAGGAUUGUUUCACCGAGUUGGCCGCUCUGUCCAACUUCCAACUAGGAGAAGAAAUUCACGAGAUCUACGAGGACGCUCGCUUCUUUCGUCAAAACUUGCCGUACAACUACCGGGCAGCUGUGUUCACACAGGAUGAAGCUACGGGGAAGUGGGUCCGUGGCAUCAAGUCGCGCGACUCUCCUUCAGAGCUUGUGGAGAAAUUCUCGGGCUAA